AUGCGCUUCUCUCUCAUCUGCGCUUCUCUCUCAUCUGCGCUUCUCUCUAAUCUGCGCUUCUCUCUCAUCUGUGCUUCUUUCUCAUCUGCGCUUCUUUCUCAUCUGCGCUUCUUUCUCAUCUGCGCUUCUUUCUCAUCUGCGCUUCUCUCUCAUCUGCGCUUCUCUCUCAUCUGCGCUUCUCUCUCAUCGGCGCUUCUCUCUCAUCUGCCCUUCUCUCUCAUCUGCGCUUCUCUCUCAUCUGCGCUUCUCUCUCAUCUGCGCUUCUCUCUCAUCUGCGCUUCUUUCUCAUCUGCGCUUCUUUCUCAUCUGCGCUUCUUUCUCAUCUGCGCUUCUCUCUCAUCUGCGCUUCUCUCUCAUCUGCGCUUCUUUCUCAUCUGCGCUUCUUUCUCAUCUGCGCUUUUUUCUCAUCUGAGCUUCUUUCUCAUCUGCGCUUCUUUCUCAUCUGGGCUUCUUUCUCAUCUGCGUUUCUUUCUCAUCUGCGCUUCUUCCUCUCAUCACACCAGAGCGAGGACGUGGUUGAUCUGCUGCCCGGCCCCAUCUGGCACGUCGUCUUCCGCCUCCUGCUGCUACCGCCAGCCAGUUCCUCCUCCUCUCAGCUGGAGAAACAAGGAACUUCUCUUCGAGAGGCAUCUUCGCGGGGAGCAGUCAGCAGCUUGUCAUCUCUGUAAACUAGAGCUUAAGUUCUCUGUUGCUCGAGCUGUCACCAUCACUUUCGAGAACAAGCUGCUAAUAAUCAACCUCUCCCUCCCUCCCACUCUCAAGAGGCUUUCUAUCGAGGCAGACGAGUUGGAGUUCAACUGCAAGGGCGCCUCCCCUCUCUCCCUCGACUCUCUCACCCUCAGUGGCCGCAUGCAGCUCAUUCUGCUCAGCACCAUAGCGCCUACAGUGGAGCUUAUAGUGAGGCAUGGGUGGCCGCUGGAGAAUGUGGAUGCAGAGUGGUGCCGUCUGCGCUGCCUUGGGAUUGGCGUGGAAGGCUGGGGAAGUGGUGGGGAGAGGAUAAGACCGGCUACUGUGGAGGAAAGAGUGAGGAACAGCUGUGUGGUGGAGACGAUAAGGCUUCCUUUUAUUAAAUCUCGGAAGCUGGAGGUGACAAGGCUUCCUUUCAUUCGAGCUCCAGAGCUGGAAUGUAUCUUCUUUCCGACUCGGCAGUGCGAGCCCGAGCUGCUGGUGUCGCUGCAGGGGCAGUUUUCAUCCCUGACUCUGUACCGCAUUGUUGGUCGGUCGUUUCACUGGGAGGGGGAGCGGGAGAAGCGGAGCAAGCAGCCUGUCGAGCAGGAGAGACUGCUCAACCCCUCUCUCUCUUUCUUUUUCCCACACUCCUCCACACUCCUCCCUUUACAGAUCUUCCCCACUGACUUUAUGAAGGCGUUGCAGAGGGCGUUCGGGGAAGAGUGGUGUGCAGCGUUUGACAUCCGUCCAGAAGUUCAAUCUCUCUUUCUUCCCUUCCCUCACACCUUUCUUUCCGUGCAGAUUUCCCGCACUGGCUUCAUAGAGGCGUUGCAGAGGGCAUUCGGGGAGGAGUGGUUUGGAGACUUGGAGGCGGCAUGGUGUGCCGCGUUUGACAUUCUAGAAGGCAUGGCUUCGUGCGGCAUGGCUGAGAAGGGCGGGCGGAAGGUGGUUCCGCCUGCUGCCCUGGAGAUGCUAGAGAAAAUGCAGCAACAGCAGCUGUAG